AUGCUUCCUAAAACUAGCGGAAAAGCUGCCAAGAAAGCUGGCAAGGCCCAAAAAAACAUUUCUAAAAGCGACAAGAAGAAGAAACGCAAGAGGAAGGAAAGUUACGCUAUCUACAUUUAUAAAGUAUUGAAACAAGUCCAUCCGGAUACGGGUAUUUCAAGCAAGGCUAUGAGCAUCAUGAACAGUUUCGUUAAUGAUAUUUUCGAACGCAUCGCCGCCGAGGCGAGUAGACUUGCUCACUACAACAAACGUUCGACAAUAACCAGCAGGGAAAUUCAAACAGCAGUGCGCCUUCUCUUGCCCGGUGAGUUGGCAAAACACGCCGUCAGCGAAGGAACUAAAGCAGUAACAAAAUACACCAGUUCCAAAUAAAGCAGGAAUUGUUGUUGCAUAUCAAACGGUUCUUUUCAGAACCACAAA